AUGUACGACGUACUAUAUGAUCUUCCUCAUACUCGCUUCGCUAUCAAUGCUAUCGGCUUUUCGCAAGAUGGUCGCGUACUCGCUAGUGGUGACGAUGCCGGAUAUAUUCGGUUCUUUGAUUUUCCACUUGGAAAGGAAUCGCGUAGACUGAGGGUCACUACUGCUGUAACAUCACUUCUAUGGCAUCCAAACAAACCUGAUGUCGUUUUCAUUGGUGAUGCGAGGGGCAGUGUCACUGUCAUGAACCUUCAUGUAAAAGCCCAAGGUUUUUCUCUUCGCACUGGGGUUAAUGCACCAGUAGAUACAUUGGCCUAUGAUGCCUGCAAUGGGCGUCUUGCUGCAGGAGUUGGUACUGAUAUCGUUCUGUUCAACCAUCCUGAAGACCCUUGGACGUUUGGUUUAAAUCUUCCGCCCCCACCUAUGGCCUGUGCGGAUGAUGACAAACUCUUGCUACCCUUGCCCCGCGCCCUGAAAUUUAGUAAUAACGGACGUUCUCUCAUUGCAGUGUAUUUUCAACACGGUAUUGUGUGGGCGAUCUCAUUUUACACCAGCAGAAGAAACUCAAUUGUUCGUCGUUCAAGCUCGUGGCUGAUAAAGUCUCUCCAACCAGAAUGGACUAUCUGGCCUAAACGCACACAUGUGGGAGGGGCCUGUUUCUCCGCCAAUGGAAGGAAUGUGGUUGUGUCGAAUCUCUUCGACGGCUUCGAUUGUUACGAUAUCAACAAUGGCAGGCACUUGGCUAACCUCCCAACCCCGAUCAUCCACAACGUCCCACUACCUUCACUGUUUAUCGAAGGUAGCCAAUCGAUAUUGUGCGGGAGCUCCUGUGGAUACGUUUUGAUAUAUUCUGGAAACAUGAAUAGCGUGCUUCAAGUAUUAAGACAUGAUGGUAUGCGCCUUCAGAUUAAUGUUACUGCUACUAUCGACUGA